AGGUAUCUCUAAAUGAUCAUAAAAUAGAAAAUUAAAGAGAAAAAAGUACUAAACACAUGAAUUCAAUUAGGCCAUUAGUUUCCUUUAUUAUACUAAUUGCUCUGGUUAAGACAGCCAGUGCAGGUCCUAAUGCCGCCCAGUGCAAAGAAGAGAUAAGGCUCGGUCUUAAUGCUUGCAAGCCUGUCGUGUAUGGCAAGUCACCGUCGGCAGAGUGUUGUCACCGAGUCAGAGUUUCACACGUGGAAUGUGUUUGCCCUGAAAUUACCCCUAAAGUAGCUGUGCUUAUCGAUAUUAAUCGGGCCGUUCGACUCGUUCAAGGUUGUGGUCGGAGAGUUCCUCGCCAUUUCAAGUGUGGAAGUAUCACAACUCCAUGAAAAUUGAAGUUGCUUUGGUUAAUUUCUGGCUAAGUGGUUCUAUUGUCAGAUGGUGUUUUAUAAUUUGUAUGGUCUGCAAUUAUGAAUAAUUAAGGAUCUGAUUGUACUUAA